AUGAAUCGCUCUGCAUCUCCGAACGGUACGAACUCUCGCAAUCCCUCUCCGAACGGUGCGAACUCUCGCAAUCCCUCAACCAAUUCAACCUUGGACCUGCACAGCCCCUAUUAUCUUCAUCCAUGUGAGAAUCCUAUAAUCUCGAUAGUGAAUGUGACUUUAACUGCUUCGAAUUAUCACUCUUGGUCCAGAAAUAUGAGAGUUGCAUUAAAAUACAAGAACAAGUUGCAGUUCAUUGAUGGAACCCUAACGAAACCUGAAGAAACUGAUUCUAAUUUUUUAGCUUGGGAAAAAUGUAAUACCUAUGCAGUAGCUUGGCUGAAUCUGUCCCUAAGUAGUGAAAUCUCUCAGAGCGUUAUUUGGAAUGAAAAUGCAUAUGACAUGUGGAAUGAUCUCAAGCACAGAUAUCAUCAAGGAGACAUAUUUCGAAUUGUUGAUCUAGAGGAAGAAAUGUACACAGCUAAACAGGGAGAACUUAGUAUAACUGCCUAUUUUACUAAACUGCGAAUCAUUUGGGAGGAAUUGAAAACUUUUUUACCUAUUCCGAGUUGCGUCUGUGGUGUAGAAUGCACAUGUGAUUUAGGAGUGAUGAGAAAAUAUAGAAAGCAGCGCCAAUUAGUGAGAUUACUGAGAAGUUUGAAUGAAGAGUAUGGUACCGUUAGGUCUCAAAUCAUACUCAUGGCACCUUUACCUGAUGUGAAUGCAGUUUUUGGCAUGUUAACUCAACAAGAGAGGCAAUUCCACUCCUUAGAUAAUGGUGAACCCAGGGCUCUCAUAAGCUCUUCUGACCUGAUUGAGAAUGAGAAGCACUUUCAACAUCAAAAUGCAAAUGGCUAUAGGGGCAGAGGUCAUUCUAGCCGAGGAAGGGAUGGUAGAGGAGGAAGAGGGCCUCUCAAACUAUGUUCUUUCUGUCACAAGACAGGACACUUGGUAGACACGUGCUAUAAGAAAUAUGGACCCCCUCUACAUAUGAGACAACCACAAAAGGCCUUCAACUAUGCAACAACCUCACCUGGUGUGAAAAUUGAUAAGUCAAGUGAGGCAUUGCUGCAGCUUUCAACUCAGAAAAGGGAAUGCAAGACAUCCACGUUUUCUUUAUCUCAAGAACAAAAAGACACUUUAAUUGCUCUUAUUCAACAGGACAAUUCCUCACAGAUUGGUCAUGUCAUCAACUAA